UGUACUGUGCCCUGGCCAAACCUCCUCUGGAGGGCUGUUUUCGGUUUUUGGGUGGCAUAGUUUAAGAUGGACAUCCUGGCUAACUGGAGAGAAUCCAGAGGAAGUGCGUCCAGGAAAGUAAGGAGAUUAUGUUACUCAGGGAGUGAAUAAAGAUACUUAACUCUGGUGAAAAGAAGACUUAGGAAACCCAACUGCGGUCUUCCUCGAAGAUACCCCUCCCCUUAAAUACUGAAGCGGAAUCAGCCUUAACCGAAGUUAGCCAAAGGACAGAACAAAGCACGAAAGGUGGAAGACCUCCUAAAUACAACAAUCAGAGCUAUUCCGAAGGAGGAGGGGCUGUCAGAAGAGUAGUGAGCUCCCCAGCACCAGAGGUCUCCAGACAGAGCCUCCAGGAGCAUCACUCCCAAGCUAAUGGAGGAAAUUCUGGCCCAGAGAUUUCAUGGAGACAGAUUUAAGAAAAAUUACUCUGGAGAAUACAAAGAAUGCAUCAGUCAAGUGACCUUUCGUGCAAUUGGAAACUGAGAGACUACUCAAAUCUGUGGUAUAUACAUUUAAGAAAUGGAUUGGGACCAACUAGAAUUGAAUCCUAAAGUUAUCACUGCUAUUAAGAAAGCCAAACUAAAAUCAAUAAAGGAAGUUUUGCACCUUUCUGGACCAGAUUUGCAGAGACUAACAAAAUUGUCCAGCAUUGAUGUCCAGCAUUUAUUGAAAACGGUCUCUUUAGCACUAAGGAACAACUGUGUUCUGACAGCACUUCACAUAUAUCAACAGAAAGAGGAAUUCCCAACACAGCAUAAGAAACUCAGCUUUGGCUGCUCAGUGCUUAACAGACUUUUAAGAGGCGGUCUCCCCCUGGUGGGAAUCACAGAGCUUGCAGGACAGAGUUCGGCUGGGAAGACUCAGAUUGGCCUGCAGCUCUCCCUCUGUGUGCAGUACCCUUACGAGUAUGGAGGACUAGAGUCAGGUGUGAUCUACAUUUGUACAGAGGAUGUUUUCCCAGACAAGCGUUUGCAGCAGCUUAUAGCUCUACAGCAUGAGCUGAGGACAGAUGUUCCAGGAGAGAUCAUCAAGAAAAUUAAAUUUGGCAACUCUAUCUUCAUUGAGCAUGCAGCAGACAUAGAGACAUUGUUUGAGUGCAUUACUAAAAGGGCUCCCAUCUUGCUGUCUCGAGGAAUGGUCCGCCUGAUCAUCAUUGACUCCAUUGCUGCCCUGUUUCGCUGUGAAUUUGGCAUCCAGCAUUCCAUUACAAAAGCCAAAUAUUUACAGAGUCUUGGAGCAAAGUUGCACCAAUUAAGCAAUGGAUUCCAGAGCCCAGUAUUGUGCAUUAAUCAGAUAACAUAUACAGUGGAUGAGAGAGGGCUUGCUGGCACUAAUAUGGAUGUACUUGAAAGAGUUUCUCCAGCACUUGGAAUAACCUGGUCUAAUCAACUACUAAUGAGGCUGAUGGUCAGUCGCUCAUCCUGUGAGUUUUCCAGAGAUACAGAUGCCUCCGCUACUGGAACUGUUGUUAGGACACUAAGUGUUAUUUUUGCACCACAUCUGCCCCAGUCUUAUUGUCACUACAUGGUCAACGCAGAGGGUGUAAAAGGAGCAGAGUAAGGCAAUUACUACAAUCACAGCAAUUUAGAAGUACAAGGGAAAUGAUACCUUCCACGAAAAUCUUUAUUAAUCUGUAGUUUGUAAUAUGUGUCUGUGUACUGUGUCUGUAUACAUUACUACUGAGCCCUAUUUUCAAACAAAGUGUUACCACUGAA